GUUGGGAUUGAUGGGACGUUCAAGACUGUGCCUCGUGUUCCAGCAGAUUUGAAAUGUUUCCUUACUAUCCAGGUGGUUUUCAAAAGUGUAUCCUUUCCAAUGGUCUAUGCUCUACUGGGGAGCAUGACUGAAGAAGUCUAUGCGGCUCUGUUUGAUAUUGUAAGAAAUAUUUUACCUUUGAAUUAUCAACGCGUUUGUUUUAUUACAGAUUAUGAAAAAGCUCUGAUGUCAGCCGUUCAACAAUCGUUUCCGGAAAGCCAAUUGAGAUGUUGUUGGUUCCAUUUUACUCAGUCUAUUGUACGGUAUUGUCACCGAAGGAUGAACAGUGUUUGUAAUUUAAUCCGUACGAACCCAGUAGCUGCUCGAGUUCUCAGAAUGGUUUUGGCAUUACCUCAUUCUGAUCGCAACCAGGAAUGACCCGCGCUGUCCAUUUUCCAUGGAGGAUGGUUUCGAUGCUAUCAUGGACUACACAAGACAAUUUCCUCCAAUUGAACGAGGUAUGAGAAACUUUCUAAUUGGGUAUGUGCAAUAUUUUUGGUUGUUACAGGUCGGUCCAGGUUUAAUCAGUUGUUUUGGAGAAGAAUAUAGAACCAACAACUACUUGGAGUCUUUCCACGCUACACUUCUAACCCAAAUACAAAGAUAUCCCAAUAUAUGGAAUUUUAUUCUGCUUACAGGAUGUGUUGGUACAUGUUGCGUCCUUGUCCUAUAUGUUUGUGUUUUUGUGUAUCUCAUUUAUGUCAUGUGUAAACUAACUAACAAGAAGGAGUUAAUG